CAAUCUAUGACAGUUUACAUCAUACCAAACAAAUUUAUAUGACUCAGUUUUCGUGUAUUUUCAGGCUUGACAUCUACAUCCAUGAUUACUUAGUUAAGAAAGGCAUGAAUACAACAGCUGAGGCAUUGGCCAGGGAAGCUAAUGUUAAUCCGAGACAAGCUGCUGUCAAUUCUCCUGUGGGAUUUCUAGCUGAGUGGUGGGAUGUAUUCUAUGAUAUAUUCAACUCUAAUCAGGCCGAGCACGCCCAAGAACCCAAUGCUGAGGUUCCACGGACUAUGGACAAUGUGGUACCUUAUACCCCUUCUGGCUUUAAUCCUGACUCUAAGAUAAAAAUGCAAGAGCAAGGCAACAACUUUAUGUUGCCUGACAAAGAAGUGACGUCCAAGUUACGAAUUCUUGAGGUGGACGAAGCGAGUCACAGGGUGCCAUCUGCAACCGCUUCUAGCCCCCCGGUGCAGCAAAUGCCAAAUAUGCCUCAACAGUGGGAGGUCAGAGAUGAGACAAGUGGUAUUUACUUUGGAAGAACCAAGCAGAUGGAUCCAAAUCCCUGUGGCCCUACAACAGCUUUGCUUCCUACAACUGAAUCUUCUGAUGCUGGCUCUUCCACCGGCUCCUGCUCCUAGAUGCAGCAAGCUUCCUUAUCAAAUCUCGCGAUUUUCUGAUCUUCCUCUUGGCAUGGCAUGAAGAAGGUGAUCACUUGAGAAAGCUUAUAAUUCAUUAGCUAUUAUAGAGUACAUGUAGGUUUUAUCCAU